AAGAAAACCCAACAACACUGAUUGCUUCAUUGCUUACAUUUCUAAUCAACGACUCAUGAUAUCAUAUUCGUUCGUCUACCUUUCUUAUCAACUAAAACCCCCUCAAAACCCCAGCAAAUUUUCCUACACCUGCAUAAUGCAUGAAGAGGUUCUUGUUCAGCACACCCAACAUUCACUCUCUUUCCUCCAUAAAACACCUCAUAGCUCAGAAUCUCCAUCCUCAAGCUCUAAAAAACUCACUUUUUCUAUCCUCCCCCUCCCUCACUGACCAAACCUACGCCCUUUUCCUCAAAUCCGGCCAUGUUCUCGACACAUUCCUGGCCACCUCAAUUAUCACCCAUUUCUCAAAAUCCGGCGACUUUUCUCGCUCCAAUGGCUUCCUUCUCGACGCACACGGCGUCGACACCGUCGCUUUCAACGCUAUGCUUUCUGGGUAUGCGCAAUUUCACCAAUCAUCUCCCUCUUUUGCUUUGUACAAUAAAUUGACAUGUUAUGGACUUAGCCCAGAUAAGUAUACUUUGAGCUCAUUGAUUAAAUCAUGUGACAAUCUAGAGAAAAUUAGGGUUUCCCAUGUUAUUUGUGUUAAAUAUGGGUUUAAUUUAAAUGGGUUUGUGGUUAGUGGGCUAAUUCAUAAGUAUGGGAAAGGUGGGGAUGUUGAAUCAGCUGAGAAGUGUUUUGAGGAGUGUUUGGAUUUGGAUAGUGUUGUCUGGACUGCCAUGAUUAAUGGGUAUGUUUGGAAUGGGGAAUUUGAGAAGGGUAGACAGAUUUUUAUGGCGAUGAGAGGGUUAGGGUUGGAAUUGAAUGAGUUUAGUUUGACUGCUGUAGUUGGGGCAUUGAGGGAGGUCAGAGAAGGUGAGCAGAUUCACGGGUUUUCUUUUAAAUUUGGGUUAAUUUUUGACGGUUCGCUUCAUUUGAGUAAUGUGGUGAUGAAUAUGUAUUCGAAGUGUGGGCAUAGACUUGAUGCUCUUAAGGUGUUCGACGAAAUUCCUAACCCGGAUGUUGUAUCGUGGACUUCUCGGAUUGGGGCUUCCCGCGAUGGUGGUGAAGCUCUAGAAGCUUUAAAAUUUAUGCUGCUGAAUAAUGUGGCAGUGAAUGAGCUUACCGUUGUUAAUGUAUUAACAAUAAUUGAGGAGCCUAGGUUGUUGAUCGCUGGGAGGCAAGUGCAUUCACUUUGCCACAAGGCUGGGUAUUUGACAGUUUUAUCAGUUAAUAAUGCUCUUAUUUCCAUGUAUGGGAAGUGUAGAGAGAUGGACGAUGCUAGGCUUGUUUUCGAUGAAUUGGAUUUUUAUGAUCCUAUAUCUUGGAAUUCUUUGAUUGGGGGGUAUUCUGAUAAUGGAUUACUUAGUGCAGUACUCUGUAUAUUCCAUCAAAUGCGUGAUCUUGGUGUUCAACACGAUCUGUACACCCUUGCUAGUGUUCUAGGAGCAGUUACAGGUCCUCAAUUUGUUGAUCUUGUGAUGCAAAUCCAUUCCCACAUUAUAAAGUCUGGAUUAGUAUCUGAUGACUCAAUGAUUUCUUGUUUGAUAUCUUCAUAUGGUAAAUGCUCUUGCUUGGACCACGCGAAGAAGGUAUUAUCUUCAACACAAGAGGUUAAUAUUGGGCAUCUCCAAGUAAUGGCUGCCACUGCUGUCACUGCAGGAUAUCCUGCUGAUGCCGUGGAAUGCUUCAAAUCUGCAAUGAACUUGUGGUCUGAAAUGAAUGGUACUACUUUAAGUCUAAUAUUCAAAGCUUGUAGCUCUUUGACAAAUCUGGGACAAGGAAAGGCUAUUCAUUGUCUGGCUUUGAAAGCUGGACUGGGAAGUGAUAGGUUUGUUGAGACUGCUAUUGUUGAUUUUUAUUGCAAGUGUGGAAGCAUUGCUGAUGCAAGGAACAUAUUUGUGGAUGUCUCUAGCCAUAAUUUGGCUGCAUGGAAUGCUAUGAUUAUGGGCUUUGCUCAGCAUGGUUGUUAUAAUGAAGUCCUUUCCCUGUUUCAAAGGAUGACUGAACUAGGUAUCAAGCCUGACGAGAUAACAUAUCUUGGAAUCCUUCAAUCAUGCUGUCAUGCUGGGCUAGUGAAUGAAGCUAACAUUCAUCUAAAUUCCAUGUCCGAGCUUCAUGGACUUCUCCCGUGUCUAGAACACUAUGCUACUAUGAUUGACUUGCUAGGCCGAGUUGGCCUUUUAAAAGAAGCAAGGCUUGUCAUUGAGAAAUUGCCUGUAACCCCUGAUGCUCAAGUGUGGCAGAGUCUGCUGUCAGCCUGCCAUAACUCUGGUAACCUGGAAAUUGGAGAAGUUGCAGCAAAGGAACUUCUUAAAUUGCAGCCUGAAAAUGAUUCUGCAUACAUUCUUCUGUCAAAUCUUUAUGCCAGAGCACAUGAUUGGGAUGCUGUGAGAAGACUGAGAAGGGAAAUGAAAGAUAAAUUCAUUUACAAGGAACCUGGUUCUAGUUGGAUUGAAGCUGGGGGAUCUGUCUACCACUUUCUGGCUGAGGAUACUUCUCAUCCGGAGAAUGAAAAGAUCUACUUUUAUCUACAAAGCAUUGCCCAGCAAAUGCUACCUUUAUCAGAAGUAACCGAAGAUUCCUUUGUCUGCAUGGAUGGUUGGUGACUUGUCGAGGACUUGAGGGUAUAGUGUCAUACUGUAUAUAAUUUAUGCUUUUGACAUCUAUGAAAAAUGCCUUAAGAUGCAAAUUAGUUGAUUACAUUCAUUGUUUUGAAACAGUUAUCAUGAUAAUGCUUAUGAGAAAAAUCUAUCUAUUUAAGUUA